AUGAAGGCUUCUACUCUAUUCUCAAUCACCCUUGCUUUACUUGGCUCCACCGUCAACGCCUUUAAUCUUGCCGAUGUCAAGAAGACUACUACUGGUUCCGUCGUCCCAGGUCGAUAUGUCGUUGAGUUCGACUCAAACGCCCACUUGACCUCGUCUGGUGUGAAACGGGCUGCUUCUCCACAUGAAGCUAUUUACGCACAACUCAAAGAUAGAAAUACAGCCUAUACCGUUCAUCAAGAGUAUUCUUCUGAUCUGUUCAUUGGUGCUUCCAUCACUCUUGAUUCUGAUACCGAUCUCGCGAAUCUCUUAUCCGCUGAAGGUAUCAUCGAUUUUAGACAAGUUCACUUGCUCAAUCUCCCUGCUCAACCUGUCAAUCCUCAAAGUCUCCAAUGGCCCGUCGCUGCCGCUUUCUCUGGAUCUGGAUCUGGUAGUUCUAAGCCCGCUACAACAACGACUUCCUCUGGUCAAGUAAGCACUACAACGACAUGUUCCGGUAAAGGUAAAAACCAGAAAUGUACUACAUCGACUGUCACUUCCAAACCAUCCGCUACUGCUUCAGCUGUCAACAAAGGGUUUUCGAUUUUAUCACAAAUUGGAGCUGAUACAGUUCAAGCCAGUGGAAAUAAAGGCAAAGGAGUCAAGAUUGCUAUAAUCGAUAGUGGAGUUGAUUAUACAAGAGAACCUUUGGGUGGAUGUUUCGGAAAUGGAUGCAAGAUCGUCGGUGGAUAUGAUUUCGUCGGAGAUUCAUACGAUGGUUCAAAUGAUCCUACACCAGAUAACGAUCCAUUCGAUAAUUGUUACGCCCAUGGAACUAUAACGGCAGGUCUUAUUGGUGCAAAUGAUAAUACCUAUGGUGUAAUUGGUGUGGCACCAGAAUCAUCUUUAUAUCAAUAUAGAGUUUUCGGUUGUAACGGUGCUACUACAGAUGAUAUCGUUCUCCAAGCUAUGCAAAGAGCUUACGACGACGGUGUCGAUGUCAUCAAUCUCAGUGUUGGUGAAACCUCUGGAUGGACAGAGAGCAUGCUUUCGGUCUUCGCCAGUCGACUGACUGCUGCCGGUGUUGUUCUCUCCAUCUCCGCUGGUAAUCAAGGACAAGUUGGUGCUUUCUACUCUUAUUCUCCUGGUGCAGGAAUAGGUGCCAUCAAUGUCGGUUCCAACGACAACGCUUUCUACCCAGCUCAGCUAGCCACCGUUUCUACCGGUUAUGGACCUAUCCCCUACUUCGACUAUCAGGGAUUCACUCCUGGUACAUACCCUUUAUACGCGUACACCACCGACCCUACUGUUGCCGAUGAUGGAUGUACUGUUCCCGACGGCACACCCAACCUCAACGGAUACGUUGUUCUCGUGAGACGAGGAGGAUGUUCACUUCUACAAAAAGCUCAAAAUAUCUAUUAUCAAGGUGGUAGAGCCAUGUUCGUGAUUAACACUGCCAACACUGCACCUUUAUAUCAAAACUUCCCACUUGAUUUCGGUUUCAUCAGUUACGAAGAUGGAAACUACCUUUUGAGUCAAAUCAAUAACCAUACUUCCAACACGACUGUAUCUUUCACUUUUAAUCCUUAUCAAGCACCUAAUAUUUGGACUGGGAAUAUUACUUCGUACUUUAGUGAAAUUGGCCCUACAAACGAUUUGUUCUUCGCUCCCUCAUUAGUGGCUCCAGGAACUAACAUCAUUGCGAUUUUACCUGCGAACAUGGGGAACUUUACAAUGGUAGAGGGAACUUCUUAUUCCGCACCAUUAGUAGCUGGUGCUUCAGCCCUUUACAUCGCCUCUAAAGGAAAUAACAAUGUUUCCCCUGAUAAAGUCAAGGCUGCAUUGGAAUCCACUGCGGAUUACCUAUCCACUUCAGUCUCGGAUAACACAAUCGCGAAUGUAGCCGUUCAAGGCUCAGGUAAAAUCAAUGUCGCCGAAGCUAUCAACCCAGGUGUGGUAGUCAGUCCUUCAGAGAUUCUCCUGAAUGAUACUGCUUAUUUCGCUGGAACGCAAUAUCUAACACUCACAAACCCUACCAACAAAGUCGUAAAAUACAAGUUAUCCAAUGUCCCUGCAGGAACUCUUCUUGCGUAUCAAUCCGGAGUGAACCAAUCAAAUGAUCAACCUGUUCCUCAAGUUUCUCAAUCUGCAACGGUCAAAUUCUCUCAAUCGUCAAUUACAUUAUUACCUAAAGCGACUUGGGUAGUCUUGAUGCAAUUCAACGCGCCAACAGGAUUAGAUGCCAAACAAUUCCCAGUUUAUUCAGGUUUCAUCUCGAUCCAAGGUGGUUCUACAAACGUCCAAGUACCUUAUCUUGGUGUAGCUGCCAAAAUGAAGGAUAUGCCCGUAUUGGAUCCAACACCAUAUUACCUCGGGAUGAACACUCCUACUAUUUUAGGUGCAGAUGGCAAUGUUCAACCUAGUACUGGAGCGACAUACAACUUCCGAAAUGGAAGUUAUCCAACUGUUAUAUACAGAUUGGUUGGUGGUACACCAUCACUUUUAAUUGAUUUGGUCUCAUCUUCAGCAAGCUUGUCUUUUACGCCUAAUUACACUACAAGGAAAAGAUCAAAUGUCGAAGUGGAGAGAGAAUUAGAAUUAGAUUUAAUGAAGAAGUCAUUUCUUGAAUCAAGGAAAAUUAAUUCAAUUUCAAGUUCUUCAUCAAGCUGGAAGUCAAGUAAAUCAUCAUCAUUGACCAGUCUAUACUGUCAAUUGACAAAUUAUAAAGGAAAUGGAUGUGCUGCUUUCAAUUCUGGUAAAAACAAUUCUUUCGCAAAAGUACCUAUCUUGGGUAAUUUACAUGAAGAUGAUUAUAUUCCAAGAUCGACUGACGGUGUAGAUGGAAAUGGUGGUACUUAUUCAACAUUCGCUUUAGAAACUGCAACUUUCACCAAUGGAACCACUAUUCCAAACGGUACCUAUCGAUUCCUCAUGAGAGCCCUUCAUAUCACAGGUGAUAAAUCAAACGAAGCAGAUUACGAAGCUUGGUUAUCUGCUCCUUUCACUGUUGCUCAAUAG